AUGGCUUCCUCCGACUCUUUGAAAAAAUUGAAGGAUUUACGGAGCAAGUUCCUUUCGGAAUUCGCCCGAGGCGGAUCUGAUCUUACCACCUUUCUCGAUCGAUUGCAAGCGUUAAUCAGCGAUUGGAGAGGCGAAGUUCCAGACCUCCGAAGCGCGUUUCGUCCUGAAGAAAUCGAGCGUAUUCUCGCGGAAUCUGUCCUAAACGACCGGCGCGAUUCGAUCAUCCAUUUUGUGAUCGACAGCGGCUACGAGAACGAGCCGAGUGCCGCGGCACUCACCACAGCGCUGCAUCGAGCGGCCAGACAGGAUCGCGGUCACGACAUAAUCUCGGGUCUUUUUAAAGUUUACCGAAGAUCGAGCGUGAACUACGUCGACUUUUUUGGAUCGACGCAUUUUCACAUAGCCUGUAAGUACGGCUGUGUAGACAUGGUCGAGAAUUUACUCGAGCACGGACAAGUUGAUCACAAUCUCCUCGAGCGAAGGACGGAAGACUCGCCACUGCACUUGGCUCUGAAGAACACGAAGAGGGAGGUGGUCGAAUCGCUACUGAAACAUGGCGCUGAUCCAAACUUGGCCAACGAGAAAGGACUGACUCCUCUGCAUGUAAUAAUUUGCCGGAGAUUUUCCGAUGCUGAGUCCAUGGAGGCUUUUUUCAAGAUCACCGACCAAGUCGGUCGGACGCCGAUCCAGCUCGACGCUCGAGACAAAAUGGGCAACGUUUGGUUGCACUUGGCUUUACUUUACGGUAACAAGAAGGCGGUCGAACUGCUGUUGAGAAGAGGCGCCGAUCCGAACCUUAUCGACGAGCAAGGAUCGACUCCUCUACACGUCAUUUGUCGCGAAUCAGAUUCAACGUGGAGCAUUAUAGAUAUGAAAAAAUUGUACGAUGAAAAUACCGGAGAUCGUUGUUUUAACGAUGAUUACGAUAUGGCGAAGAUGUUGUUCGAGAUCAGCGACGAACUUGGUCAAACGGUGCAGGUGGACGCCCGGGACGACGACGGCGACACACCAUUGCACUUGGCCGUGAAAAUCGGCAACAAAAAGCUGGUCGAAUUGCUGACGAGCAGAGGCGCCGAUCUGACUGCAGCCAAUGCAGAGGGACUGACUCCCGUGCACCUUAUGUACAAAAAGUGCACCUUCAAUGGCACGGCGAGGACAUUUUUCAAGAUCGACAAAGAAGUCAUACAGCGGAUUCAUCGCGAUGCGCUGCAUGCAGACCAAUGCUUAUAA